AUGAAUCUAAAGUCACAAUCGGUGGUAUAUGUUUUAGUGGUAAAGAACAUAUAUAAUGGCUUGGAUCGAAUUGUUUCUGGUUUUAUGUGGAACAUUUUUUGUGGGAAGUGAAAAGGUGGUGGUAUGCUACUACGGAACCUGGGCAACAUACAGACAGGGGCUUGGCAAGUUCGCUGUUGACAACGUGAACACAGAACUAUGUUCGCACGUGGUGUAUAGUUUUGUCGGCAUAGACAAUCAAGGGACAAUCGUCUCACUUGAUCCCUACCUGGAUUUGGACACUGGCAAUGGUAACUUCAGAAAGUUCACCAAACUUAAAGAGGAGAAUCCGAAUCUAAAAACAAUAUUAGCAGUCGGAGGCUGGAACGAAGGUUCUGCCAAAUUUUCUAUUAUGGCAGCAAACCCAAUCUUCCGCAACAAUUUCAUAAGGAGUUCUCUUCAAUUCAUCGAAGACUACAACUUUGAUGGACUGGACCUCGACUGGGAGUAUCCAAACCGUCGCGACACUGUCCAUGGUGCAGCUGACAUCGAAAACUUCACGCUGCUCACUAAGGAGCUGAGAGAGGAGUUUGACAAGCGCGGCUUGCUGCUGACUUCAGCUGUGUCGUCUAAUAAGGCUAGCGCGGAGUGGUCCUAUGAUAUUCCGGAGAUUUCCAAAUACCUAGACUUCAUACACAUAAUGACUUACGACAUGUACGGUAGCUGGGAUCCAAUCACCGGCCACAACUCCCCCCUACACAAGGGAGAGGGGGACACUGGCAAUCGAGAUGAUCUGUAUACUGUUGAUGUAGCUGUCGAGUAUUGGCUCAGUCAAGGCUGUCCUCCCUCGAAGCUGGUCCUGGGAAUGCCUCUCUAUGGCAGGACAUUCACCCUCACAAACUCGGCGGUCAACGGAGUGCGAGCGCCAUCUAGCGGACCGGGGCUGUCAGGACAAUAUACUGCUACAGCCGGCUUCAUGGGGUAUAACGAGAUCUGCGAAAAGCUCAACACCGAAGCUUGGGAUGUCAGAUACGAUAGUCUAGCUAAAGUGCCUUACGCUGUUCAAGGCAGUAACUGGAUAUCAUACGAUGACGCUGAAUCAUUAACAAAGAAAGGCGAAUACGCCAACAGUCUGAAUCUCGCCGGAGGAAUGGUCUGGAGUAUAGAAACUGAUGAUUUCAAUAACGUAUGCGGUGAUGGAGAAUUUCCUCUAUUAACAGCUAUAAAUAAAGCUCUAGGUAGAAUUGGAAAUGGUGCUACAACUGAAGGGACCGAAAAACCUGUUACAUCUACAGACGCGAGUACCACUACUGAAGAACCUAAUACUACUACAACAAAAGAAACCAGUACGACCACAGUAGGAGUUAGUACGACCACUGUAGAUGCUAGCACGACUACUAAAGAGCCCAGUACGACAACCACAGAGAUUAUUACAACAACUAAAGAAACUAGUACAACUUCUAAGCCUGAAAUAUCAACUGAAGAGCCUACUACAACACCUAAAGAUAUCGAUGUUGAAACUACUGAAGCAAGCACAACCUUCGUCUGCAACGAAGAAGGCUUCACACCGAACCCUGUGGACUGUUCAUCAUUCUACUUCUGUGUAAACGUGAACGGAUAUUUGGAGCCGAGAAAGUUUGAAUGCCCCGCCACCACCUACUGGGAUCAGACGACGUUUACAUGUAAUUAUAGGGAUGAGGUGGAGUGCCAUUUAGAUUAAAUCUAAUCUGUGAACGAUGUCUAUAAAUCUCGUGUUGUUCAUUUUAGAAUAAGUUGCACCGGUCAACUUUGUCAACGCUGAUGUAGACAAAAUGGCGUAUCUACCUACCUACUGUGCUAUUUUCUGCGCAGGUUAAAGUUAACGUCAAAAUCGACUAAUGCAACCCACUCUACUCUGUCAACUCUGAAAUAAAGAUCGAAAUAGCAACAUUUUCCAAAUUAAUUAUAUUUACCCUCAAAAUGUUCUGGAUACUACAUAUUGUGUACUUACUUAACCCGUAGCUUCGCCCGCGUUUCCCACGGGAAUAGUAUUAUUUUUGUAAUAUGCAAAAUUUUAAUAAAAUUGAAUGGAUAAAUCAGCAAGGCUGUACGAUUUGUAGAAAACAAAUAUAUAUUUAUUUAAUAUCACUUUUAUACAACCCUUUAUUGUCAUCAAAGAGAUCAUCACUUUGCAGUCUUGUUUGUUUGUUUGUAAUAACUUUAUUGCACGAAAAAAGGUACAUUCAUCAAUAUUAAUACAAGAAAGAUACAUUGUACAACGGCGGACUUAUCCCACGUAGGGAUCUCUUACA